AUGCAGGCGCCCUGCACGGCGGACGACAUAGGAGACUGCUUGUUCUCGAUCUCUGCUGAGAGCGUUGGACGCAUCGAGGACGCUCUGCGUUCGCCGACAACUUCGGCUCGGUUGUCUGAAGACUCGUCCCGCGGAUGCGGACAGUCUGCAAGGGGCUUCGCGUCAUGCUUCAGUGAAAGACAGACAGUGGGAUGUUACUCGUGGAUUGCGCGCGACGAUGAGCACACGGUUGCGUCGCCGGGGCUGCCGCCCGUUGUGUCUCGGGCAGCAAGCGUGACACAGGGCCAGGCGCUGAAGGGGAGGGUGAUUAAAAAGAGCAGCAAACUGGAGUUUUGUGACGAAAACGCGUACCACGAUCCCCAACAUCCUGUCGAGCAGCUCGUGUGCUCUGUCGACGCCUGCCAACGUCGGUGGGCGACGCAGGGGCGAGUCUCGGCGCCGUGCGCAUGCGUUCGUGUCCUACGGGAACAGCAGAAGGCCUGGGCAGAUGGUCCAGUGCCUUCUGUGCACCGAAGAUGCAGCCUCAAGCGAGACGAGCCGUCACUUGGAGACGGACGGACGCAGGCCACAGCCACUGCGACGCCCCGUGAUGAAACAGCCGUGGAAACCGGCCUUUGCUUGGGUCAGUUCGAUUUCAUAACGGACCGGACGAAUUUAAGGGUACUGCUUCGUUUCCUUUAUCCAGGCGUCACACGCUACUCUCGAGAGGCUUCAGUAGAUCUCGAUGUGUAUGGGAACGUUUGCGUGCUGACGCGCAUUUCAGCAGAGACACGAGCCCCUGAUGUCGGCUACGGGCACAGUUUCGAACACUGCUGUUGUGAAACGCAGACGGUUUCGCUGGGAGAGAAGGGCGCUGUGAAAGACGACACCUACGAGAUCGUCGACCUCUCAUCUUUCCACUUGGUUCAGGCCUUCACUCUCUGUGACGCCGUUCGCGUCCUUGUCCGAAGCGAGGUAGACGCGUGUUGCCACCCCGCUGCGCGAGCGGCGCCUGAUUGCCCAGAAAAGUUCCAAGAAAAUCGGUUCUUUGGACGUUGCGGUGCGCGCGUCGCCAAUCCAGAGUACACUCCAAUGGCUCAGCAAGGUCCCACGCUGUAUUUGUCUCGGCAAGAACCGGCGAAUCUCACGCCGUUUGAAACGGCCCUCCUGGCUCGAGAGGAGUGGCUGCUUAUGGAACUAAAGAGUGUGUCAGAAAGAUAUGUUAGCAACAUUCCGUGGUUGGACAUUUAUUUCCAGAUGCGGCUCGGCGACAUCCAUAGGCUUCUUGUCGCGAGUCACACACAGGGAAAGAUCGGGAGAGUUGAACUCCUAACACUUACCUCAGUAGCGGAAAAGGCUUUCCGGCAGACGCCGCACAGGAGGAACGUGACGAAUCGUGCCCCCAUACAGGGAGAUCGCCGGUCUCCAUGGACAAGUGAUGAUUCGAGAAAUACUGCCUGUUCACGAGUGGAACCGGAGUGUGCUGCGGAGGUUGUCUAUUGGUCGAGGCUGACGUCGCUGUUGUUGCAAUUGAAACAGCUGGCCCUAAAUCAGAGGGGCGACGACGGCAAGGCGUUUCUGAGAAUUCAAGUAACCGAAGAACCUACGUUCCAUGUAUACCGGCGAAAACAGGGCCGACCUCGCGUAUCCGCCGAUAUUGGUUCGGCUAUCAUGAAAUGCUCGUUGGCGCAGAGGGUGUACGAUUCCAAACCCAGUGGUUACACCUCUUCGCAGUGA